GCCAAGCACCAUCUUCAUGAAGAAUUUCAGUUGAGAGGCCCAAGCAAGCAGGCUACUUUUAAAAGUUUGGUGCCAUAAAAGGAAUUCAUUGCAAAAGCAAGUGAUAUUUUAAGAGAGGAUAACAGCUAAUUCUUUUCCAGAGGGCAUGUGCAACUGCUGGGUGAACCAAGGACAGAAUUAAUAUGGCUGCAAAGCAGGAAAAUAAACUGAAGAAAUGGGCUCUCGUGAAGGAGAAAGUCACUUCCCCUGACGCAGACAAUACCGAAGCCAACCUGGAAAAUGCUGAGCCUGAGCUCUGUAUCCGUUGGCUACAGAUCCCAACUGUUGUGAAUUACUCAGGCCUAAAGAAGCGACUGGAAAACAGCGAUAAUGGCUGGAUGGUACAAUUCCUGGAGCUCGGUGGCCUUGAUUUACUGCUGGAGGCCCUGGAUAGAUUGUCCGGCAGAGGUGUGGCAAAGAUAACCGAUGCACUCUUGCAACUCACCUGUGUGAAAUGUGUACGGGCCGUGAUGAACUCUUCAAAAGGCAUUGACUACAUUAUAAAUAAUGCAGGUUAUGUCCGGAAACUUUCCCAAGCUUUGGAUACAGCGAACAUCACAGUAAAGAAACAAGUCUUCGAGCUGUUAGCAGCGCUAUCCAUCUACUCCUCAGAAGGCCACAAUCUGGCUUUGGAUGCACUGGAAAACUACAAGACUGUGAAAAGACAACAAUAUCGAUUUAGUGUAAUUAUGAAUGAACUCCAGACUACUGAUAAUGUUCCAUAUAUGACAAUACUGCUGAGUGUCAUCAACGCCAUCAUUUUAGGAUGUGAGGAACUGAUACCUCGUACGCAACUGCGGAAUGAAUUCAUAGGUCUCCAUCUGCUGGAUAUACUGCCAUCAUUAAGGGAACAAGAUGAUGAAGAUUUAUUAGUCCAAUGUUUAACCUUUGAGGAUACUAAAGGUGAUGAUGAUGAAGAGUUAAUGAAGCUCUAUGAUGGCAUUGAUAUGAACAGUCAUCAAGAAGUUUUUGCAACAUUGUUUAACAAAGUGAGUAGCUCACCAGUCUCUACACAGCUGCUGUCAAUUCUUCAGAGCCUUCUGCAGCUGGAGCCGUCAAGCAGCAGCAGUCCUCUGAUCUGGGAAGCCCUGGAAGUUUUGGUGAACAGAGCCAUCCUAAUUGCUGAUGACAUAAAUGAAGAUGAAGACAUCGGUAUAGUCAUGGAAAGGCUUGUAUUGAUUAAGAAGUUUAGAAAAGAUCAGCCAGUGAAACAAAAUGCAAAUAAAAAGGCUGUUGAUAAAGCUGUACAAACAGAAUUAUCAUUGCCCACUGCGGCAGCAGAAGUAAAGCAGAAGGCUGGCUCAUCAUUGCCACCAUCAACUGAUGAGGUGCUGCUUUCUGCACCAUCACCACCACCACCUCCUCCUCCUCCUCCUCCUCCACUACCUCCAAUUCCAAUUGUAGCAGAUGGCACAAUGACAUCUCCAUCCAAUGAUCUGCACACUGCCAGUAUACCCCCUGCCCCUCCUCUUCCUGGAACUGGCAGUGUCCCCCCUCCUCCUCCCCCUCUCCCCGGCACUGGCAGUGUCCCCCCUCCUCCUCCCCCUCUCCCCGGCACUGGCGGUGUCCCCCCUCCUCCUCCCCCUCUCCCCGGCACUGGCGGUGUCCCCCCUCCUCCUCCCCCUCUCCCCGGCGCUGGAUGUGUCCCCCCUCCUCCUCCCCCACUCCCCGGCACUGGCGGUGUCCCCCCUCCUCCUCCCCCACCUUUUCCUGGUGGUAUUCCACCCCCACCACCGCCUCCAGGUGCAUUUAAUAAUGAUGCACCCAUUACGGCUUCCCGAACUGCCAAUCAACUGUAUUCUCGUGGUCCACCUCUCCGACAUGUUCAUCAACCAAAAUUACGGAUGAAAAAACUGAACUGGCAGAAAAUCCCACCAAAAUUGGCCACAGAGACCAAUUCUUUAUGGUCAUCCAUCCAUCAAACUGCUGAACCAUCUUUGGAUCCUGAUUAUGCCAGUAUUGAAAAGCUCUUCUGCUUUCCCGUGUCAGAACCAAAAAAGAAAGAGCAAAAUGUUACAAAAAAGGAACCAAAGGAGAUCACAUUUCUGGACUCAAGGAAAAGCCUCAAUCUGAACAUAUUUUUAAAGCAAUUCAAAUGUUCUGAUGAAGAAGUGGCUGACAUGAUCAGAACUGGGGACCGAUCAAAAUUUGAUGUAGAGUGUUUGAAGCAACUCCAGAAGUUACUCCCAGAGGAUCAUGAGGUAGAAAAUAUAAAGGCUUACAAAGGAGAAAAGGAGAAAUUAGCAAGUGCUGAUCAUUUCUACCUUGUGCUCCUUGGUAUUCCCUGCUACCAGCUAAGGAUUAACUGCAUGUUUCUCUGCGAAGAGGCUAUGGUUACCCUACAAAUGCUCUGUCCAAGAGCAGAAUUAAUUAAAUCUGCUUGUCAAGAUCUACUUUCUGCUACAAGACUGCCCCUCUUCUGUGAACUGAUUCUUAAAGUUGGAAACUUUCUUAACUAUGGCAGUCACACAGGAGAUGCAAAGGGAUUUAAAAUAAAUACUCUAUUAAAACUUACUGAGACCAAAGCCAACCAAUCCCGGAUCACAUUGUUGCAUCAUAUGAUAGAGGAAGCUGAAAAGUUCCAUCCAGAUCUUCUGAAGCUUCCAGAUGACCUGGAAGGAAUUUCACAAGCAGGAGGCCUUAGCGUGGACUCACUUCAGGCUGAUACAGUUAAUCUGCUGGAACGCCUCAAGAAGAUCAGUGGCAUCAUCAAAUCAUCAACUGAUGAUGUAAAAUUACAGUUUGACAAACCCAUCCAAGAAAGUCUGUCUGCAACAACCGAAUUGAAGCAAAUUCUGGAAGAGAUUGAGACAGAGAGAACGAAACUGGCUAUGUACUUCUGUGAUGACAUUGGAAAAUUUUCAUUGGAAGAGCUUUUCCAAACCAUCAAAACCUUCAGAGAUUGUUUCCUGAAAGCUAUGAAGGAAAAUAAACUCCGGAAAGAACAGGUUGCAAAAGCAGAGAAGAGGAAACAAAAGCUUCAGGAAGAGGAAGCUAAAAGGCAAAAGGGAGAAAAUGGACAAGUUGUUCCUAAGUCAUCAAUAAAGCAAGAGGAGGAAUGUAUUAUUGAUGCUCUUCUGUCAGACAUAAGGAAAGGUUUUAAAUUGAAGAAGACGGCUAGGAGCCAUUGUGAAAACCUAUCUGCUCCGAAACAUUCUAUUAAUGAAGCUACGACUGAAAUAUGUAAGGGGAAGAUAUCACUAGGUAUCACUGGCUGCAUGCAUGUUACUUCAAACUACCAAAUUGACACUUCUACCGAAGACAAAGAAAGCACAGAGGUUUCUCAAAGCACAGCUACAUCAACAAUCAUGGAUGACAGUUCUAAUUCCAAGGUGAUGCCAUUAGUCAGCCAGCAACCACCUGCUGAACAGAAACCUGCUGAAGACAAAACAAUGAUGAAUACUGUGCUCCAAUCAACUGAUAACCACUUAUCUAGCUCUGAAAUAAACACACCUGAAACUAAAUCAGGACAUGAGAAAGUGAAUGACAAGAAUCUCGACACAUGCACAACUGCUGGAAGUAAAGAAAUCGUUUGCCAAGACAACCCCAGAUCUAGCAAUGAAGUAUUAAUUGCAAAUGAGCAUGAACAGUUGACACAAUGUAAUGCUGAAGUCUGUGUGGACAUUGUGGACAAGGAAAAAGAAGUACUCUUUCAUGGCAGUAAUACGGAUGGGAAUUUAUCUCAAGUUGAUAAUGAAAUAAAUUCUCAAAAUGAAGAUAGUAUUGAGCACAUUGACCCUACAUGUGAUAUGCUUGACUCAAAGACCGACACGGUCACCAAAAUGACAACAUCACAAACAGUGGAACAAACUAAUCCUGACAUAAGUGCCACAUGUCCUAACCAAGGACAUAGUCACUCUGGUGAUGUGUCACCUACAGGAAGUACUUCACCCAGAUCUUCCCUAACACUAUCUGGUUGGAAAUCAAAAGACAGGAAAAGUAAGAAAACCAAAGAUGCCUGCUCUGAAAAUACAAGCAAUAAAUCUAAAAAACAUUGUUCAUUGCACUAAGAAGAACGAAAGACACAAGAAGAAAACUUUGGAGGCAUCCUAAUCAAGAGUUGUCACCAACUCGUGUGUUUUCUAGAACAAAAAUAAUAACAUUGUUUACCUGGACUAUUCUAAAUCUUCCAAGAGUCUUGCAAAUAUGCAAUAUUGUUGAAUGUACAUUUUAAAUAAGCAUGUAUGUUAGGUUUAUAAGGUUGAUUAACAUCAAAACAAUUUUUGAAAAAGUGUAAAUGUUUGAAAUAAAAGUGGAAAGAAAGUUGAGAGUAAGGUAUGUCAGUUGAUCUAUGCUCACACUGGCAUUUCAAAUUCAGCAAAAUUCUAUUAGCAUCAAGGAUUCAAAGAUUAUACAUUCAAAUGAUAACAUUUUACUGUAGGUACUUUAAUCAUAGUGACAGUAAUCUCUUUCCUGAAACUGCAGGAUCUGGAAUUGUGGUCUAACCUGACACUGGAGCUAAGAGUCUCACUGAAAGCUAAUUCCCUGCAGUUUCAUGAUGUAAGUCUUGAUGGACAGCUUGAAUUCUGGAAAUUUAGGGUUGAUCUCCUGUCAUGAAAUUACCAUGAAAGAGGAGGGUGUAACUAAAUAUUGGCUCUUUGCAAUCUUGAACAUAACAUUUGGUGCAAGAAUAUUUUCAGCCCCAAGUCAAGAUAAUAGUUGUAUUAAGAUCCUGAAGGUUGCUUCUUUCUUAGUAUGGUGAGCAUUUACAUAAAUAAUGCCCAAAUGUCUAAUGCCCAGCUUUAUGCAACAGAUCUUAAAAAUUUGUAUUUUUGAAUGAAAAAUGCACUCUAAUAUCUGCUUUAUUUUGUUAUAUUCAUUCUGAAUCUUAUUUUCAAGAAGUGUUUAUGUGUUCCAAUGAAUUGGAUUUUUUUUGUAUCUUUUGAACUUUGUUGCAAUGAAUAGAAUUUUCUUAACAAUAACUUGUUUUUCUACAAGAAUAAUCUUUAUAUUUGAACUUUAUUUUAACAGUAUAUUUUUGUCAGAGUGUCCCCUUUAUGCCUUAAAUAUAGUAGUCCUGCUUCGCUUCAAAGCAAUAAAUUGGUGAAGGGCACAGACCAACCUUGACUUUGUGCAACCUGUAAUAUAGCAGCUGGCUGCAGAUUGGAAUAUUUCAGGAGAAAAUAAAAUAACAAUAAAGAA